CUACGCUCGGAUAAAUCAUUCAUAUAGCAUAAAUUUCGUUUGUAGGACAUGGCAAAGAAAAAUUUUUCCGCAUUUUCGUAAUAAGUUACUUCACUUUGAAAGGAAACUUCGUCAUGUCAGAAUUGAAGGAUUUCUACACCAAAUUAGACAAAGAAAUUGAAGAGGAAGAGGAAGAUGAUUCAGAUUUUGUUCCUGAAGAGGAAAGCGAAGAUCAAGACGAAAACGGUACAGAUGAAGAGGUAGAAGAAGAGGAAGAAGAAACAUCAAAAGCAUCAGAUGCGAUAAAUCGUGAAUCUGCUGCAAAAAAAUCUCGAAUUGAUGCCAUUUGGGCAGAAAUGAACCAGUCUACAACAGAUAAAAGCCAUGGUUCAUCGGAUAGUCCUAGCAAAAGUCCUAGCACAAAGAGUGACGAUACAGUAGCGAUAAGUAGAAAGGACAGCAAUAUACCCACAACAUCGACAAACCUCUCACCUAACACUAUUAAAACUGUUACAACUGAAACUACUUCUUCUACGCCUAACACUUCUACAGAGUCGGCAAAUACUAUUAAUGUAAGCAGUACUUCAGCAACUGAUAAACCGUUAAAGAGAGCGUCCUCAAUCCUAGAUCAAUACCAUCCGAAGAAUAAACGACCAAAAUCUCAACUAUCGGCUUUAAUAUCGAAAUACAACAUUAAAGAGCCCAAGAUGAAUACCUUGGAAAAAAGCAAACUUGAUUGGAACAAUUAUGUAGAAAAAGAAGGGAUAAAAGACGAACUAUCAUAUAAAAACAAGGAUGGUUAUAUGGAAAAAGUGGCUUUUUUGCAGCGAGUGGAUGAUAGAAGGCUGCAUCAAUUGAAAGAAGGACAAAAAAGCAGCAUUAAAAAACCAUAAAGAAUUUCUUUUUUGUAAUGUAAAAUAAAUAUGCAAGGCGUAUGUAUCAUGUCUAUUUAUUGUAUGGAAA